AUGCAGUGUUUCAAUCUUUACACGCUCCUGCAGACGCAUGGCGCACCGCUCGUUAACGCCAUUGCUGCCAAAGAUGAUAUCGUCGCAGAGACAGAUCCUACCUUGGCAUGGAUAGCCCGCAUGCUCCCAAGUCAGCAGAAGCGCUUCCAUGGUCCACGUCCAGUCCGCAACCACUUCAUAACAGGACUUCUUUCUGCAGAAGCUACUGCUGCAUUCCAUGUCACGGUCGCUCCUGAUCGAAAAUCAUUUACCGUCCCCGAUCUGCAGUACACCUACGCCCUUCCUGACUUUGCUGUGGCGCUCACUGAGUAUAUUAGUAAGUCAUCCCAGGGUGCCCCAACAACAUCGUGGACCUGUCGGGGAGGUUCAGUUAGGACGUGGAACAAGUUCCGCAUACAACUCCUCUCCAACUUCCAUCAAAUUGUCCAGUCGUAUCCGCCCUCAGAGGCAUUCCCUUUUGGGAAUUGUGACGCAGUUCUCAUACAAUUAACUGAGAGUAAUGACGUCUACAUCGCACAAGUGCGUUGCGUUUUCCAACCUACCGCCAAGAAAGGCCGUACUUUGCCUCGCUAUCUUGAAGCUGCGCCUCUCUUAUACGUUCAAUACUUCCAGAUCAAAGCCACGCCUGCUGACGAGCCAAGCAUUGGGAUGUACAGGGUGAAACGAAUCUUUCAUCAGGAUGAGACAGGUCGGAUCUUCCGACCUGGCAGCAUCAUUCCACUGACGGCUGUUACUUGUGCCGUCGAGCUCGUCCCUGUGUAUGGUUCGAAGAUGAAUCGCACGAUAACUGCUGCAAACUCGUUAGAGGUCUGUGAUGAUUACUACCUGAAUAAAUUUUCAGACAAGGAGGUUUUCCAUACGAUGCACACAGAUCUAAUGUAGAUUUUUUGCGUAUUGCCUGUAGUACUAGUUCUGCAAUUCAUUAUCUGCACACCUGAUCAAGUUUAGAUAUGAUAAUCUUGCACCGCUUGUGUCAUUCAGUUGUCAUUCAGUUCCCCGUUCGCAUUUUGGCCUAGUUAGUUACUUAAUGCAACUCGUCCGAGACUAGGCCAAAUAGGGAUCGUUGAACGAUGCUUUCGCGACGGUUUCAGAUAUCAGAUG